AUGGUCGACACUUCCGCCAUUGUCCGCAGGGCACACCCCAUCCUCUUCAUCACCCUCGCGGUCAUCAGCUUCAUCGCUGCUGUCAUUGCCUCAACGAUCGUCACCGACUACAACAACAACGGCAACCCCCCCAGCACGAGUCUUAACAAUGCCACCCGCUUUACCGUCUUCGCGUCUUGGUGGACUUUCGUGAUCAGCACCGCUUACGCCGUGCUCUUCCUCAUCAACAAGGGCGGCGUCUUCACCUCCAUCGCCGGUCACGCCAUCUCCACGUUCCUUACUUUCAUCUUCGUCACCGCGAGCGCCGGCUCCCUCACCGACGCAACUGGAGGUGCCUUGACCUGCAGCAGGGACCGCAUCGUCUACUGCGGCUCGACGAGGGCUCUCCAGGCGUUCGUUUGGAUUGAGUGGGGGCUGCUCGUCAUCAUCCUUGCGUUGGUCGCAUUCAUCGGCGCCGGCUCGUUCCGAGGUGGUCGUUCCGUCAAGGAGCCCCUCACCGCCUGA